AUGCGUUAGGUUUUACUAGUUGUAUUGUGUGAUUCAGGCAUCAUUAGUGAUAUUAUCAAAUUUAUUGAUAGUGAGAUUAAUAUGUACUGAUCUAAGUAAAUAAAAAUAAAAUAAUUCACUGUGUUAUAAAAAAAAAUUGUUGCUUGUUAAGUGAUAUCAAAGCAAAAUGCCAGAAAUUAAAAUAACACCGCUUGGAGCUGGCCAAGAUGUUGGCCGCAGCUGCAUAUUACUUUCUAUGGGCAAUAAAAAUAUUAUGUUGGAUUGUGGCAUGCAUAUGGGAUUUAACGACGAGCGGCGCUUCCCUGAUUUUUCAUAUAUUAUGCCAGAUGCACUGCUCACUAGCUAUAUUGACUGCGUUAUUAUAUCACAUUUUCAUUUAGAUCAUUGCGGUGCACUGCCUUAUAUGUCUGAAGUAAUUGGUUACAAUGGACCAAUUUACAUGACACAUCCAACGAAGGCAAUAGCGCCUAUACUGCUAGAAGAUAUGCGUAAAGUGGCAGUAGAACGUAAGGGCGAAUCGAAUUUCUUUACGACACAGAAUAUAAAAGACUGCAUGAAAAAAGUUAUUCCUGUCACAUUGCACCAAAGUGUAAUGGUUGAUAAUGAUUUGGAAAUAAAAGCCUAUUAUGCAGGCCACGUUUUGGGUGCUGCUAUGUUUUGGAUACGUGUGGGUUCUCAAUCAGUAGUUUAUACAGGCGAUUAUAAUAUGACUCCAGAUCGACAUUUGGGCGCUGCAUGGAUUGAUAAAUGUCGCCCAGAUUUACUUAUAACCGAAAGCACUUAUGCUACAACCAUUCGUGAUUCCAAGCGUUGUCGUGAACGUGAUUUUUUGAAGAAGGUGCAUGAGUGUGUCAAUAAAGGCGGUAAAGUAUUGAUACCAGUGUUUGCGUUGGGACGUGCCCAGGAAUUAUGCAUAUUGCUAGAAACAUAUUGGGAACGCAUGAACUUAAAAAUUCCAAUUUACUUUGCUUUGGGUCUAACAGAAAAAGCGAAUACAUAUUAUAAAAUGUUUAUUACUUGGACAAACCAGAAAAUACGAAAAACUUUUGUACAGCGCAAUAUGUUUGAUUUUAAACAUAUAAAGCCUUUUGAUAAAGCGUACACCGAUAACCCAGGUGCAAUGGUUGUGUUUGCCACACCAGGAAUGUUGCACGCGGGUCUGUCACUACAAAUUUUUAAGAAGUGGGCACCGAAUGAAAAUAACAUGGUCGUAAUGCCAGGCUAUUGUGUGCAGGGUACGGUUGGUAACAAAAUAUUAAGUGGUGUCAAAAGAAUCGAGUUCGAAAACCGACAAAUUGUCGAUGUCAAAAUGGCUGUGGAAUACAUGAGCUUUUCGGCGCAUGCUGAUGCAAAAGGUAUAAUGCAACUUAUACAAAAUUGUGAACCAAAAAAUGUGAUGCUUGUGCAUGGUGAGUCCGAUAAAAUGGAGUUUUUGCGCCAUAAAAUUAUGGAAGAAUUUAAAAUUGAAACAUAUAUGCCAAGCAAUGGCGAAACUUGUGUUAUAACUACUCCAUUACGUAUACCUUGUGAUGCGUCCGUUGCAUUACUCAAAAGUGAAAAUCGUAAGUACAAUGCACAGCCGCCAGAUCCAAAACGAAGACGUUUAAUUCAUGGUGUGCUUGUUAUCAAAGAUAAUCGAAUUAUGUUGCAAAGUUUGACUGAAGCACUAAAGGAGGUUGGAAUAAAUCGACAUGUAAUGCGUUUCACAUCAAAAGUGAAAAUUGAUUAUUCAAAUCCAAUUAUUAAACUUCAACAAAGCCUCUAUGAAAUGCUGCAGGAAAAGAUGGUUGGCUGGGAAGUAAAAGUAAACGAGACUGGCAAUGUGUGUAUCGAAACUGUGAGUUUAAAAGUUGAGGAAGAUGAAAAAGAUACUCAACACAAAACAAUUACGGUUAAUUGGACAAAUGAAGACGAAGACAUCGGUGCUUACAUUCUUAAUUUACUGCAAAAUACUUUCUAAAAUUAAGAGACAUUUCUCUGUCCAAAUGACUACUGAUUGAGGUAUGGCGAACAAAAUAUAGCGAUCGUGUAUGAGAAGAUUUAGUAUAAACACUAUACUUGUACGGAUUAUACAUUAUAUCUUAAGGAUAUCCAACAAUUAUGUUGUAAUAAAUCUAACUUAAAAAAUAUAAGAUUCAUAAUUACGCAUCUGUAUUUUGUAUUGGAACCAUAAAAUAAAAAAAAAUUAUAACAAUGUGAAACUAAACCAAUUUUUUUUACUUAAUAAU